ACUCGCCUCGGGCGAACGGAGAAACCGAGAGACAGACCCAGAGAGAGAGAGAGAGAGGGAGAAAGAGGGACAAAAACAGAGACCCUUCGUAGAACGGUAGAAGAAGAAGCCGAGAAAGAUGGGGUUGAUCUCGGGGCUCGUUGAUGCCGUGGUGGUGCUGUUCUCGGCGGUACUGGCUGUGGCGGUGCCGCUGAUCGACUCCCAGACCGUCCUCCCCAGCUCGCUCUUCCCGGCGCCGCUGGUGGAGCUCAAGAAGUGGUACGGCGAGGAGUACGGCGACUACCUAAUGGUCGAGAAGCCCCACUUCUUCGUCGGGCUCGUCUGGGUCGAGAUCGCCUUCCUCUGGCCCCUCUCGCUCGCCAACAUCUACGGCAUCCUCGCCCGCCGCCCCUGGGCCACCACCACCACCCUCAUGGCCGGCGUCUCCGCCGCCACCUCCAUGGCUGCUCUAAUGGCGGAGCUGAAACUUUCAGGCAAGGCAUCAGACAAGCUGAUUCAAAUGUAUUCUCCGUUUCUGGUUUUUGCCUUCUUUGCAACCCUAAGAGGACUUUUCUCCCGCCCUCGACGCACAAUUACAAGUGCAUCUCAUUCUGCUGCUGCUAGGAAGAAGAGGGCUUAAUCUACCAAUUGGUGCUUUUCGAUUUUGCACUAUUCCAUUGCUGAGAAAUUAGUUAGGAAUCUUCAGUUAUAAUGGAAGUUUAAUGUUGGUGGAGAAACUGGGGGACACCCAAGAUUUUUCUGUUUCAAGUAUUCUGCUAGAAACAAUUUAUGAUCGCCUAGAUGGUUUUGCCUUUGAAUUUUGUUGUAGUUUUUGUCUUAAGUUCUGAUCAGUGUUCUAACGACAGAGAUAAAUUGCUCAUUUAACAGGGCAUCUAUGAUUAACUCUAGAAUGAUAUGACAUUGUUGCAAUGAUUUUCAUGCCA